AUGGAUCAGAUGCUGAACAAAGUGGGCUCUUAUUGGUUAGGUCAAAAGGCAAACAAAGAGUUUAACUCCGUCGGUGACGAUUUCAAUGUAUCCUUCCUAUUCCUUUCAGAGUUUUCGUUUAACCUUUUGAUCGUGUUCCAAUCUCAGAGCAAACUCAUCGGCCUAAAAACUAUGCUCAAGAGGGUUAAUUGGCUCUCGAUUUCAAUCGAUGGUUUCUUGCAGUCAUUGUCUAGCAGUAUUGAAGGAGGUACCAAGUGGUUGGUCAACAAAAUCAAAGGAAAAAUGCAGAAGCCAUUGCCUGAGUUGCUGAAGGAGUUUGGUUUGCCGGUGGGAAUCUUUCCACAGGAUGCUACAAACUAUGAGUUCAACGAAGAGACGAGGAAGUUGACCGUGUUCAUCCCUGAGACCUGCGAGGUUGGGUACAGAGAUUCAUCGGUGCUACGGUUUUCGACGACGGUGACGGGUUACCUGGAGAAAGGGAAGCUAGCGGAAGUGGAAGGCUUGAAGACAAAGGUGAUGAUUUGGGUGAAAGUGACUUGUAUCUCUGCAGAGUCAUCAAAGGUGUAUUUCACGGCCGGGAUGAAGAAAAGCAGGAGCAGAGAUGCUUAUGAGGUCAUACGUCCUGGUGUUGCCGUUGAUAAGUUCUGA